UUGGCCAGUGGGUCAUAUCUGAGAUUUCUGUUGGAUGAAAAAGUCAGAAAUGGCUCUGACUGCAGCUGCUGGGCAGAGCAAGAUGACAGAUUUGGGAGGAGGUGGACUUCACAACAUGUUUCCAACUGCUUGUUGACUUUUACCAAUGUUUUCCUGCAGGUGAGAAGUGAUCAUGUUGCUCCCAUCUACCUCAUCAACCUUCUCAUUGCUGACCUCAUUCAGUUCUUCUCCAUGAUCGUAGCGGUGGUACCAAAUGUGGAUAUGAAGUUAUAUGACAUCUUCUAUUAUAUUUACCUCUCUGCUCUGAUUGCCAGUGUUUACUUCAUGGUCUGCGUCGCCCUGGAAAGGUAUUUGUUCAUCGCCCACCCGCUGUGGUACCGCUGCAGACGAACCAUCAAGACCUCUGUGGCGGUCUGUGUCCUGGUCUGGGUCCUUUCUCUUGUCUGUUUUUUUCUUUACAAUUUUUUUCCUGAUAAUGUUUGCACAGACACAAUCUCAGCCGUUCUCCUCCUCCUUCCCUUCCCACUGUUCAUAUUCUUCCUGGUUGGGACCCUCAGAGCCCUGUCUGCUUCCAUCUCAGUCCCCUCUGAUGAAAAACGACGAAUUGUGGGAAUUUUGGUUCUGGUGCUGCUUAUUUACACUCUGCUGUUCCUGCCCAGCAUAAUUUGGUAUCUGGAAGUAGACUAUGAUGAGACCCUCGACAGCCUCUCUCUGAUGUUAGUUAAGUUCAGUCCUCUUGCAGACUUAGUCCUGUAUGUGUUCAUGAGGAAAGGGAUCAUAGACAAGCUUUUGGCCUCUGUGUGUUGCUGCAGAAUGAACAGCAAAGAUACCAGCAGUCCACCAGUAUGAAUGAUGACAACAUUUCCACAGUCAGCUUCAUGUAGGCAGAGAAAGAGGGAGAGAGAGAAAGGGGAGGAAACAGGAGGAGAAAUGGAGGCCAAUAGAAAGGAUAGAUAUACUACAGUUUUUGUCAGUUUU